AUGCGCUGCUCGGUUAGCCUGGGGAGGAAGAUAAAGACACUGGCAACCAAGAUGGUCCUCACGAGCAGCGGCGACGAAGACAGAGGGGGCCACGAGAAAGAGAGCAAAGAGGAGAGCGUGUUGGCCAUGCUGGGGAUCAUCGGGACCAUCCUCAACCUGGUCGUGAUCAUCUUCGUGUACAUAUACACCACGCUGUGA